AUGUCCCUCUCAGCAGUGAUGACUGUUUCGGGACCACCUCUUGUAGUUGGCCCUACGUCCAAAAGAGCAACCCGGCCAACCAACAGGCUCCCACAAUAUUUGAUCGACGCAGCUAAAGUCGACGAGAAAGAACAAUUUGAUCCGAAGAGACAUAUGAGCUACGAGAUACCUAGCAAGGUCUACACUAUGGAAGAAAUUGGCCUGGCCGGCCAGGGGAUAUCUCCAAUUGCAGUCACGGCACCUUUCCAGCUCUUCACUAAAGAGGCUAUCAUGCAGAUGAGAGCUGAAAUCUUCAGCGAUCCGGUCCUGAGGGACUGUCAGUACAUGUCUGACUUUGUGAAAAACACCAUCCGAGGGAUGGGCCCUGCACGAGCUCCGUUUACCUGUGACGCAUGGCGCUCCCCCGAAGUUCUUUCCGCAAUUUCGGAAGUGGCUGGGAUCGAUCUAAUUCCUGCCAUGGACUGUGAGAUUGCAGCGAUUAAUAUUUCAAUCAACGAUCAGGCGGUGGGUAUUGUAAAAAGUGAUGACAGUUUGCCUGCAUUUGCAUGGCAUCGUGAUAGUUACCCAUUUGUCUGCGUGACAAUACUCUCCGAUUGCACCGGUAUGACUGGUGGAGAGACUGCGCUGAAGACUGCAUCUGGGGACAUCAUGAAAGUGAGGGGACCUGCCAUGGGCACUGCUGUGGUUAUGCAAGGCAGAUACAUCGAGCAUCAAGCACUGAAGGCGUUCGGGGGCCGCGAACGUAUUAGCAUGGUCACCUCGUUUCGAGCCAAGUCACCGCAUAUCAGAGACGAGACCGUUCUCACUGGCGUCCGGCCUAUCUGCAACUUAUCCGAGCUUUAUACCCAGUACACUGAGUACAGACUUGAAAUCCUGGAGGAGAGAAUCCGGAUCAAGCUGCAACAGGAACGGCAACGGGAAAAGGCAAAUCGAACCUUCGAAAUUGUGGAAAUGCGGAACUUUUUGACUGAGCAAGUUCAAUUUUUGGAGGCGAUGACCAAAGAGUUAAUUGAAUAG